UUCUACCUAAUUCAAAAAUAUAUUUGUAAAUAAUAAAAAUAAUAACAAAAUAAAAGUAUUAAACAAAUCAUUAUAUAUUAAUAAUGUCAAAUAAAAAUAUAAACAAUAAUAUUAUAGAGCUAUAAAAUAUAUAACAUUAAAAUAUAAAUUAUAUAUUUAAAACAUUUAUAAUAACAUCAAUUAUAUUUAUGAAAUGAAAAAGUAUUCGUAGACGUAGGGUUCAAAUCUAAUGUUGUUUAAGUUUUGAUGAAACUAAGUUCAUUUUAUUUAAAUUUUCAUUUCAUUUUAUUUAACUUUUUUUUGCUCAACUUCAUUUCAUUUUAUUUAAGUUCGUUAAAACCGUCGUUGAGUUUUGAUAGAAAAUCUUAAGUUUCCGUUAAGAUUUGGUCUUCUAACUUAACUUUCUGUAUGAGCCCACCGAUUUACAAGAUGAGAUUAUACAAAGACGUACAAAAAUCUUCUUUUUUUUUUGAAGGAGGGAGAUUACGCAAUUGAAGGGUUGCGUGUAAGAUUGUCCAAAUCUUUUAUUACAGACAAGAAAUCUUUCCUAGGCUAUCGUAGGGUUUAGGUGCUUAGGGGUAUUUUCGGGUUAUUAAAAGUUGGACAGUGUAACGAUUAUGGGGUGGGUAUUUUGUUAUUUUAGAUUUCUUGUAUGUACAGCCUAAAUUCUCUAUAUUCAUUUACUACCAAUUGAUAGUGUUAACAAAAAAUAAUAGAUUUAAAUUCUUUUUUGGACAAAAAUAAUAGAUUUAAAUCAUGUUUGAGAAAAAACCGAAAUGCAAUAAAGAAAAUUUUUUUAGGAAGAGACAAAUAAUCAAAAGAAAUAACUAAAUAAGUGAAGUGCAAUUAAUAGUAAAAAAAAUUAUAGAAACGUGACAAGACAAGAAGUACAGAAUAAAAGAGACGUUUUAAAGUAGUCUUGCAGUGUAAGAGUUUAGUGACAGCGUCUCUGUUUCUAGAACAAACGUUUUCAUUUUCCUCUUUUUAAGGUAACUAGUUUGAGUUGUUUCCAGUGUUUGGUUCGAAAUUAAUAGUUCAUCUUGUUUCGCUUCACUGUUGUGUUUUAUAAGUCCAUAGUGCAUUAUAGGUUUUGAUGUGUUUUCAUUGGCUUAUGUUUGGUAAGUGACAUUUCUUCAAAGGGGUUCAGUAGUUAGUUACCUUUCAAGUUUUGGCCAGUGUGAUUGAGACUCUGGAGUCUGUCUGGAAUGGUGAGUGAAGCUGAUAACAAGUUCACUUGGGUGAUUAAAGAUUUCUCCUCUCUACAAUCUCGGAGGAUCUACUCUGAUGAAUUUUUGAUUGGUGGCCUCAAAUGGUGUCUUAUUGCUUAUCCAAAGGGAUCGAAAGUUGAUUGCUUGUCUCUGUAUCUUGGAGUAGCCGAUCAUGAAUCAUUGCCACUUGAAUGGAGAAGGAACACAAAAUUUUCACUCAAAGUAGUAAAUCAAUUUUCAGACAAGUCCUCCAUACUGCGAGAAGCCACUGAGUGGUUUGAUCAGAAGACUCCCUCUUUUGGUUUUACUAAAAUUCUUCCACUUGCUAAACUUAAUGCCAAUGAUGGUGGAUUUCUUGUGAAUGAUGAGCUCAAGAUUGUUGCGGAGAUAAAUAUUCUUCAAGUUAUCGGUGAAUCUAAUGAUGAAUCAGAGGGAUCUCAAGAGGUAGCAGUCCAACCUAUGAAAAAAACAAAGAUGACCGAGUAUGGUACGGGAUCUAGUGACUUGCACAAGGAAACUUCAGUGGGAAACGAAACCGUUGAUGUCAAUGGGUUUCAAGUCUCUACAUUACAGGUGGCAUAUGUGAGGUGUAUAUUUGAAAAACACCCAGACUUGGCAUCAAAAGUUCGUUCAAAUAGUCAGCUUCUGAAGUCGACAUACAUGAAUGUUCUCCUCGGACUAAUUGAAACACUCUGCCAGUUGCCUGAGAAGCUCUCUGAUGAUGAUUUGGAUGAAGCAUCGGCUGCCGUUUCAUACUUAACCCAGGUUGGCUUUAAAGUGGAUUGGUUGGAGGAGAAGCUGGAGGAAGUAAGGGAAAAGAAGACGAAAGUGUACACUGGCAAGGCUCAGCUGCAACACAUGGAGGAAGAGUUUAAGGUACUCAACAAGAAAUGUUUGGAACUUAAAGAUCUUGUAGAGAAGCAGAAUGCAGAUGUGACGGCCGCCAAUGUUGCUCUCUCGUUCGAUGAUGUUGUUUGAUAGUUUUCUACUCUUUGAACGCUUUUAACAUAAAAGAAUCGUACGUCCGUGAGUUUUGUAGUAUUUUGGAUGAAUGUUAUUAAUGCGGUUUCAGGGUGUCUUUCCAAAAUUCUUUUUAUACACUCUUACCUGUGUAUAAGUUUGAUGUAAGAACUACUAACCAAGAGUGAUGAUGGUUGAAUGAAGUAUAUGUUAUUACCUCUGAAUAGAAAACUCGAAAGCCAUUGACCUCAACGGUUCCAUCACCCUUCCUCAUUGAUAAGAUUAAGGCUUGGUAAAAAAUCUGAAUCCGAAGUACCGAAUUCGAUCCGAAAAAGUAGUAUGAAUCCGAACCAAAAUUGAUUAAAUAUCCGAAUGGGUUCAAAAUUUUGGUAUCUAGAAAACCGAAACCAAACCUGACCCGAACCGAAAUAUUUCAGGUACCCGAAUGUAUCCGAAUUAAAUUUAUAUACCUAAAUAUAUUAGUUAUUUUUAAAUGUAAUAUAUAAAAAUAUAUAAAAAAUAUAAAAAAAUAUCUGAAAUAUAUAAGAUAUUUUUUAUUUUUCCAAAAUACUUGAAAAUAUAUACAAAUAGUCAAAAUUAAGGUGUGAAAUAGCUAAACAAUACUCAAAAAAGCCAAAAAUAUUUGAAAUAUCUAUUGAUUAUCUAUCCAAUUAAUGUUCAAGCCACACCAAUUUAUGUUAAAUUUAAGUAUUUUAGCAUUUGUUAUUCAAAGUUAUAUGCAAUAUAUAAUUUUGUUUUUAAAUUUUGAGAAAUUUGAAGUAUAUAUUGAAUUUAAAUUUAUAAAUACCCGAAUGGAACAAAAAUCUUUAACCCUGAAAAUCCAAAUUUGAAUAGACCCAAACCGAACCUGAAUGGGUACCCAAACGCCGACUCCUAAAAAAGAUCUUUGUUUAUGUAACUGAAAUACUACCUCUAUUUCGAAAAAUGUCUCUGUUUUGGAAAGAUACAUUUUGGAAAAAAAUCGUUUCAAUACAUUAUUUAAUAGUAAAUUGUAAACUUAAAAAAGUUCUGUUUAUUAAAAUUCUAUCGGUAGUUUAAUUACAAUAAAUAAUACACUAAAUAAUCAAAAAUUGAUAUUUUUUUAAUAUUGUGAAAAUCCAUUAUAUAUUAAAAGAGAAAUAUUGUAAUAAAUGCAUUCACAUUAUAUUAGACACCUCGUAGCCUCACAAUGAUUUGAUAAUAAGUAUGCUAACACGUUCACACUAUAUCCAUAAAUGUGUUCACACUAUGUACUUCGCGGUUUUUUUAAUAUAAAACUCACAUACAUAAUUUCAAUAAAACUCUGGAUUUUUUUGUUCGAAUAAAAAUAGAUAACGAAUCAAAAGCCAAACUAUAUAUAUAUUUAUUUUUAUUGUUUACGGAUAAAGUUGAGCAAAACUUUCAUAAAUUUUGAUUCGAUUCGUUAUCCGUUUUGAUUU